AUGUCCACUGAAUACGGUGUCAACAUUUCCAACAAAUUCGCCUUUUUGGACGAUGGUAAGCGAGUUUUCUCUUCCGUUUUUCGCUUAGGAGAUUAAUAAACGUCAUGGAUAACAUAAUAUUUCCGUUUUUGCAGAAGGAACUGAUCCCGCCGAACUUUUGGCUCGCGCCGCCAAGGAGAAGAAAGAGAAGCAGCGACUUGCCAAGGUCGCCGCCAAGGCCCCAGCUCCGGAACCAGUGAAGCCCGUCCGCGAAAACAACGAGAACAGAAAGCCUGCCGGACAACGCGGAGGACCUCGUGCCCCACGCCGUGAGGGUGAUCUGUCCGAGCGUUUCGGCGAAAAGCGACGAGAAUUCCGUCCCCGUCGUGAUGGAGAAGGUGGUGGCCGUCGUGAAGGUGGAGAAUAUCGUCCUCGCCGCGAAGGAGAGACUGGAGAGUACCGACCUCGUCGUGAUGGAGAAGACAGGCCUCGUGGACCCCGCAAGCCUCGGUAAGAACGAGUUUAUUGGUUCAUGAAGUUUAGGGUAGCAUUAGUUUGUCUUUGGUUUUCUCAAGCAAUGAUGUUAUUAUUUAUGGGUAAUUUUCGGCUGAAAGUUGUGAUGCCAACUAUAACUGAGCUUGAGAAAGCAAAAAGACAACUCUUGCUCUCUCCUAAAGUAAAAAAAUAAUGGAUUUUGGAUCUAGUAUAAUAUCAGAUUUAGUCUGCUUAUUUGAUUUUAAUAAAACGGUUUUAGUGAGCCAAGAGAAGGUGAGAACACCGAGGUCGUCGAUGGAGAGCGUCCUCCUCGCCGUUACAAUGGAAACCGCCCAUUCCGUGGACCUCGUCAGGACCGUGUCUCCGGAUCCGACAAGACUGGAGUCAAGUCCGUCCCCAAGAAAGACGGCCAUGGAAAAGGCAACUGGGGCGAUGACCAGGACGAGCUGGUCGGAGAAACCGAACAAUUGAAUGUGUCCGACAACAAGGAGAACGGUGCUGCCGCCGAGGCCACCGAAGUCCAAGAAGUUGUUGAGGAGCAGCCCGAGGAAGAGAAGGAGCCGCCAAAGCUCACUCUUGCUGAGUGGAAGGCCCAGCAGCAGCAGGCCAAGCAGGAGUUCAAGACUCGCAAGGCCAACGAGGGCGCCGACCAGAAGGCUCUCCAGAAGUUCGUUCCAUUGAAGAAGGACAACGAGGAAGAUGAAUAUGAAGAAGUCGAGGAACACAUUGCUCCAACUGUAAGUUGAUUUAAUACUAUUUGCAUUGGCCUUUAGGAACCUCUUGAAAAGUUUGGAGCAACAGAAAUCUUUUCUUUCAAAUUGUAUUACCCUUCUUUUCAGAAGCGCCAACAAUCCCAGAAGACCGUUGAUAUCAACAUCAAUUUCAAUGACCCCAACCGCCGUGACAACCGCGGAGAGCGCCGCUUCAACGAACGUCGUCCCGGUGGCGAACGCAGCGACCGUCCUCAACGCGGUCCCCCUCGUCAGGACAACCGUGGCCCCGCUCGCGGACCUCGUCGUGGCCCUCAAAUCGACCUGGCUCAUGAUUUCCCCGCUCUCGGCGCCUAA